CAGUGAGAGGCUAAGUAGCUGCCACGGACGGCUUCAGGAUGAUGUUCGAUCAUUCGAUGGGGACGUCGAUGGGCCUUCGCCGGAAACCCUCCAGGGUGGAGACGGCCAAGAGAUACUGGAGGGAGCUGGUGGGCAGUAACCCUCCGCAGAGGAACUGGAAGGGAAUAGCGAUCGCCCUUCUUGUCAUUCUGGUCAUCUGCUCGCUGAUCGUCACCUCCGUCAUCCUGUUGACACCAGGUGAGGACGACCGUCUGGCUCUGAAGGGCAAGGUGACGGUGGGAGACCUGUUCAGGAAAGACUUCAAGGUUCACGACCCCAGCGCCAAAUGGAUCAGCAGUUAUGAGCUGUUGUACCGUAAUCGUGACGGAGACGUCGUCAAGUACAACGUCGACACCGAUGAAACGACAAUCCUGGUUCACAACAAAAAGUUUGAAAUGUACAAAGCCAGCAAGUACGAGGUGUCGCCCGACAUGAAGCACGUGCUGCUGGCCUACAACGUCGCACCGGUGUACCAGUAUUCCUACACAGCGUUCUACAUCAUCUGCAGCUUGGAGACUCCGGAGACGUGGAACUUGAACCCUCCAGAGGUGCGGAACGCUCAGCUGCAGUAUGCGGGCUGGGGGCCCCAGGGUCAGCAACUGAUCUUCAUUUUCGAGAACAACAUCUACUACCGCUCGACGGUGGAGAGCCGCUCCAUUCGCCUGGUGUCCACCGGGAAGGAGGGCGUCAUCUUCAACGGGCUCAGCGAUUGGCUCUAUGAAGAGGAGAUCCUUCGCUCCCACGUGGCUCACUGGUGGUCUCCAGAUGGAGCCAGGUUGGCCUACGCCACGAUCAACGACACCCUGGUGCCCAGGAUGGAGCUGCCCAUGUUCACAGGCACACCGUACCCGAUGGGGAAAGAGUACCACUACCCUAAGGCCGGUGAAGAGAAUCCAGUUAUAACUCUGUACGUCGUGAACCUCAACGGACCUCUUCACACCAUCGAGAUGAGAAGACCUGAUGAUCCCAGGAUAGGUGAAUACUAUGUGACCAUGGUGAAGUGGGCCACCUCCACCAAACUGGCCAUCAACUGGCUGAACAGGGCCCAGAACAUCUCCAUACUGACACUGUGUGAGGCCACAACAGGCGUCUGCACUAAGAAACACGAGGAUGAAAGUGAAGGAUGGUUGCACAGACAGAAUGAGAGGCCUCUGUUUUCCAAAGAUGGCCUCAAGCUGUUCUUCACUCGAGCGAUUCCUCAAGGAGGCCGGGGGAAGUUCUUCCACAUCUCCAUGUCCAUCUCCCAGCCCAACACCAGUACAGACACGCUCCAGUCCAUCACCUCUGGAGACUGGGAUGUGACCCAGGUCCUGGCCUACAGUGAGGAAAGCCAGCUGAUAUACUUCCUUAGCACUGAGGAUGGUCCAAAGCGAAGGCAUCUGUACAGCGCCGACACAUUUGGUUCCUUCAACCGCCGCUGCCUCUCCUGCUCCUUGUCCGACAGCUGUGGCUACGUUAGCGGCUCCUUCAGCCACAACAUGAGCUAUUUCCUUCUCAACUGCCAAGGCCCCGACAUCCCGUUCGUGGCCAUUUACAAGACGCAGAGAGACGCGGAGAGUGAGACACAAGACAGAGAAAGUAUAACAGAAGUCUACAAACUGGAGAGCAACGAGAACCUGAGGCUGACCUUGGAUUCCAUGCAGAUGCCCACAGUGGAGUACAAGGAGAUCCACAUGGAUGAUUACACUUUGUCGAUGCAGAUCCUGAAGCCCGCAGGCUUCGUGGAGACGAAUCACUACCCGCUGCUCCUGCUCGUCGAUGGGACACCUGGUGGUCAGAUGGUGUCAGAGCAGUUUCACAUGGACUGGUCCACGGUGCUGGUGAGCAGCUUCGGAGCCAUCGUGAUGCGCUGUGACGGCCGGGGGAGCGGCUUCCAGGGAACCAACCUGCUGCACCGCAUCCAGAAGAGAGUGGGCGUGUUCGAGGAGCAGGAUCAGAAGGACGCGCUCAAUUUUAUUUUGAAAGAGCCGUAUGUUGACAAAACCAGAGUGGGGGCUUUUGGACAGGUGUACGGAGGCUACGUGACCAGCUUGUUGGUCAGCGGUGAGGAGACUCCGGUGAAGUGUGGAGCCGUGCUGUCGCCCAUCACUGACUUUGAAUUAUACGCCUCUGCAUUCUCAGAGCGAUACCUCGGAUUGCCAAAACCUGAUCCACGUGCAUACGCAAUGGCAAAUUUAGCACAUAGAGCGUCUCAGUUCAUGGACAAGAAGUUUCUUAUUAUCCAUCCGACAGCUGAUGAAAAAGUUCAUUUCCAACAUACGGCUAAAUUCAUUGCACAGCUCAUCAAUGAAAAGGCCAACUACACUUUACAGAUCUACCCGGACGAAGGCCACUUCAUCCACAGUGAGGCCACGAGGCAGCACCUCAGUCAGUCCCUGGUGAACUUCUUCGAGGAAUGCUUCAGGCUACCGGAGCGAGUGUUUGAGGAGGCUCUGGAGGAAGAGAGUGAAGAAGAGGGUUAG